CGCAUGUCCAAGCAGCCAGCGUUGCUCACGUCAACAGCAACAAAAAAACCCCCUCUUUCGUCCGCAUUCGCCACGACGGCCUGUGUGACAUUGAAUUACGGAGGGAACAUGAAGAGUGGAACUCUACUUGAAAAUUUAUAGAUAACUUAAUAAAAACACUACUUGACAAACAAACGAAAAAAAUUUAAAAGAAACGCGAGGACAGAAACGCACUCGAGGGCGAGGAACCAGUUGGGGCUUAUGCACGAGCCGUCUUGUUGCGGCUGGGAUCGCAAACAGAACCUGGGUGGCAGCAUGGCCAUCUGCUACUGCUACAUCAUCCGGACGCCCACAGGCGCCUUUAAGCUCCUCGAGAUCACGCUAUCGGUCAUCUGCUUGUCACUCGCCCGAUCAUGGAACAUCCUCCUGGGCUUCAAUUUGGAAGCCUUUGCCAAGGCCGGAACAAUGGCCCAGACGCAACCGGAAAAGGCAUUGGAGCAGAGCUUCCAGCUCCUCGCCUCCAACGACAUGCACAACACUUGCAUCGCGACUUUCAUCGCAUACCUCAUCAUUACACCGUGCAUUCUCAUAGUGUACCUACGAGGACAAACUCACGUCCAAGCAUCCGAUCUCGAAUUCCUCCUGAACCUGAUUGGAGGCAUGAUGUUCAUGGGCACAGGAGGAGUGACACUAGCAACAUGGAUCACAUCUAAAGUCCCACUGGAACAAAUGCGCACAAAUGCGGUGGUUGUUGGAUCAUUGUCCAUCAUCAACGGACUCGUCUACUUCGUCGACGCGGUCAUAGCUUACCAAAACAAAUAAAACUGCUUUUCAUUCGGAAUCCCGUUUUUUCUCAGCUAUAACCCUCUUGUGAUCCAGAAAGCAAAUAUAGAACACGUGUAUAUUACGAUACA